AACCAAAGACCUACAUACAAACACCUGCGAAACCUCAGAAAACAUACAUAUACAUAUACAUACAUACAUACAUACAUACAUAUAUGCAUGCCAGUGGUGAAAUCCAUUUUUUUUUUUUGCUAUCAGUUCUGGGGACCUGGCUUGGUGGGCAUGGGAGGGGAAGAAUACUGCAAAAUCCCCAUUCCCACCCCAUUCCAGGAGAAGGAUACUGCAAAAUCCCCAUUCCCACCCCACUCCAGGAGGAAGGAUACUGCAAAAUCUCCAUUCGCACCCCACUCUGGGGCCAGCCAGAGCUGGUAUUUGCCAGUUCUCCGAACUGCUCAAAAUUUCCGCUACCGGUUAUCCAGAACCUGCUGAAUUUUCACCUAGUAUGUUAUGUGAGUCUAGCCCAAGUAGUUUAUGGGUUCAGUGUGAAGUGGAAAUUCAGAAUAAAUAUAUGAAGAUAAUCUUGUCUCUUGUGCCUCCCAGUUUUGUAGUUGAUAUCAGUAGUGCAUUGGAGCUGAUGGAAGAUUUUCCUUUUGCAAAAAAAAAGGGGGGGGGUGGUUCAGGAGGCAUCUUCAAAGUCAGAGUUUUAUUUAUUUAUUUUGUCAAGCAUAUAUAAGAUUACAGAUAAAAGUAUGAACAUGAUUGUGAAUACAUGAGAUGGUUAUGAAUAAAAGGGGUCAUUAGGACAGGGACAGUUAGGAAAAGAGCAUUCAUACAGUUCCCUGCUUGCUCAAAUGGGAAACAAACCAGGAUCCUUUGCAAAAAGGGAUUCAUUUUGGCUUAGACAGGGAGACUGACUUUACUGGAAUUUACUUCCUGGAACCUUUAUUUCCUGGAAUUUUACCCCCUCCUUCUGGGGAAGAGCAGGAGGCCUCCUAAGUGUUGUUUUUACUAAUGUGUGAUUGGUAUUUAAUCAGUUUUCUGCAUCCAUUCAACACUUUGAAGCAGACACUAGUGGCUGUGGCUAUAUUUGCAUGGUAAUCUUGGCCAAAAUGUGUUUGGCUUUGUUGUAAUUCCUUGUGCUGCGGAAAUGCAGAGAUUGAAAUUAUUCUACAGGCUGCAGUCUGCAACUCUGUGAUAUUUCCUCCAGAAUGCGAAAAGUCUUUGCAUCUGUUUAUGUUCACAGAGCUUGUUAAACCAGACUGGUUUGCUCAAGAAACCCAGUUGCUGGGAUCAGUUCGCACUGAACGAUAUUUUACAACUGGGUCACAAACCAGCCAACUCUUAUUUGCAAACUUGUAUAUGAGAUAGUGGGACGCGGUGGCUCAGUGACUAAGACGCUGAGCUUGUUGAUCGGAAGGUCGGCAGUUCAGCGGUUUGAAUCCCUAGCGCCACCUAACGGGGUGAGCUCCCAUGACUUGUCCCAGCUUCUGCCAACCUAGCAGUUCGAAAGCAGGUUAUCAUGGCCAAGCUGUACCAAAAGGAAAUGCUUGGAACCGAAUCAUUGUGCAUCUGGAUUUGGACUGUUUUUAUGCCCAGGUAGAAAUGAUCUGCAAUCCUGAAUUAAGAAGCAAACCUUUAGGUGUGCAGCAGAAAUACCUGGUAGUCACCUGCAAUUAUGAAGCCAGGAAUCUUGGUGUGAAAAAACUCAUGGGUGUGAAAGAAGCAAAAGAAAAAUGUCCGGAUCUGGUCCUAGUUAAUGGAGAGGAUCUGACUAAAUACAGGGAAUUCUCUUACAGAGUUACAGAAUUGUUAAAAACAUUUACUCCGCUUGUAGAAAGGCUCGGAUUUGAUGAAAAUUUUGUGGAUAUCACUGAAUUGGUCGAAAAGAGACUGAUAGAGUGGAAAAAAGCAACACUUCCUAAAAUCUUUGUUUCUGGUCAUGUAUAUAAUAAUCAGACUGUUGAUUUCCACGACCCGAUGCAUGUGAGACUAGCUGUGGGAUCUCAGAUUGCAGAGGAGAUGAGAGAUGCCAUGGUCAGCGGGCUAGGGCUCACGGGCUGCGCAGGAGUGGCCACCAAUAAGGUCCUCUCCAAGCUGGUCUCUGGGACCUUUAAACCAAAUCAGCAGACAGUUCUUCUGCCUGAGAACCGGCAGAACCUGAUGGCCAGGCUCGAUCACCUCAGGAAUAUCCCAGGGAUUGGCUUUCAAACAGCAAAGCGCCUCCUGAAUCUCGGGCUCUGCACUGUGCAAGAUCUCCAAAAUUGUUCAGCUGAGAUUCUGGAAAAAGAACUGGGAAUCCCAGCAGCCCAUCUCAUCCAGAAGCUCAGUUGGGGAGAAGACCAUUCUCCGGUUGUCCCAUCAGGAGCUCCCCAGUCUCUCAGUGAUGAAGAUUCCUUUAAAAAAUGUUCUUCUGAAGCAGAUGUUAAGAAGAAAAUUGAAGAAUUGCUCACUAACCUUCUGGAGAGGUUGUACAAAGAUGGCAGAAAGCCCCAUACCAUCAGAUUAACUAUCCGUCAGUAUUCUGCUACCAAUAAAUGGUUUAAUCGAGAGAGCCGUCAAUGUCCAGUUCCAUCUCACUUGGUCAAGAGGAUCGGUUCAGGAGACGCUAGUCUAAAGACUCACCUCGUUUCCAUUCUUAUGAAACUGUUUCGAAAGAUGAUCAAUGUUGAGGUUCCAUUUCACCUGACCUUACUGAACAUCUGCUUUUCAAAUCUUAAGGACCCACCAGCUUCUUCCAAGGAAUCUAUUCAAUUUUAUUUGAGUCAGUCCUCACCUUCUUUAAGCUCCAGCAAAGUUUUUCGCACAACAGAAGACAGAAAUUCCGAAAACACAAGGAUGGAACAUCAAGAGGAAGACAGUGAUGUUUUAUCUGGAGAGAGAAACACAAGAUGUGUCCAAUCUCAGCUCCACACUCCUUGUCUGCCCACAGCAAGUGAUCUUCAAUGCCCAAGUCCACCGCUUCCUGCUGGAAUAGAUUACGAUGUGUUCAACCAGCUUCCAAGUGACAUUAAGGAGGAAAUCAUCUCUAGCCAAAAGAAGGUUAGGGAUUCCACACAGACUUUGUGGAGCCAUGGAGGGUCUGAACUAGGGGGAAAACCACCGUGCCAUCCAAAAGCCAAAAUAAGCUCCAUUUCCUUGCAUUCUGGAGACCUUGGUCAAAGUACUAGAACUCUGGCAUUUUCUGGCAUUGCACCCACAAAUGAAGAACCACCACCAGAAAGGCAAAAACCCCAUGGAGAAGGCUCAUCCCAAAAUCGUUCGAGCCCAGGAUCAAAAGUGGCCUUCCCUCCUUCUGUAGAUCCCAAAACGUUUUCUGAGCUGCCUGCAGAGAUGCAGCAAGAACUGUUGACCGAAUGGAAGAGUCAAAAGAGUGUUUCCAAAAUGCACAUCAGCCAAGUUGUUAAAGGAACCAAGAAAGGACAGAAAUCAUGUCCAGGGUCAAACAGUUUACUACGCUAUUUCAAACCAAGAUGACUAUAAUUUGGUGGAGAGACUAUGCUUGCAGAUGAAGUAUGUAUCUGGAGAUAGAGCCUGUUCUGACCUAGGUUUCCUGAGACAGUAAAAAGCACACAAUUA